AUGCUCCCGAUCCGCCAAACGAAUAGAGAAUGGUCAAGUCGAAGAACAAAAGCAAUAUCACCUAACUUUACCUUUGAUGUAUUUCUGUCGCGAUUGUUCGCUUCCAUAAACUUAAUUUAUACAAAACCAAUCUAUCUCAAACUGUUCACAUCUAUCUAUCUAUCUAUCUAUCUAUCUAUCUAUCUAUCUAUCCCAACUGGGGAUACCAUACCAACUGGGAAAAUAGCGUCAGGUGGAGAGGUAAACACGGAACCACAAUACUUGGCUGUCCCUGACUGGAGAAACCCCGUUGGUCUCCGUGAAUGGUCUGAGCGUUUUAUUACUUGUGCACCUGUACAAGGUGAGGCCCGAGGCGUACAUUUGACUCUUUUCAUUCAAGUAACAAACUCUCACUGCUGUUUUUCUUUAUCCUUCUUUUCUUUCCUGUUGAAAUCUUUUCCGUUACGGAUUAUUAGAUCUUUCUUUCUUAUUUCAUUAUUGCUCAAAACUUCUUUAUUCCUUUUUUGUGUACCUCCUUGCUUUCUUUCCUUCAUUUUUCAACACUCCUUUACUCUUUCUUUCUUCAUUAUUAUCUCAUUAUUUUUCAAUCCUCCUUUAUUCUUUCUUUCUUUUACCUCCAUUCUUUCUUCUUUUUCUUCUUUCUUUCUUUUUUCCAUUUUUCAACACUCUUUUCUUUCUUUCUUUCUUUCUUUCUUUCUUUUCUUUCUUUCUUUCUUAUUAUCUCAUUAUUUUAAUCCUCCUCUAUUCUUUCUUUUACCUCCAUUCUUUCUUUUUUUCUUUUCUCCAUUUUUGAACAAUCUUUUUUUCUUUCUUUUUUCUUUUUCUUUCUCUCUUUCUUCAUUUUUCCAUACUCUUUCUUUCUUUUCUUCAUUUUUCAACACCCUUUCUUUCUUUAAUUUGUUUUACAUCUUUUCCGUAUAUAUUUUCCAUCACCUUUCUAUAUUUUCUUAUACCAUUAAUGUGAUUUCUUUUUUUUCCUUUACAUUUUCUUUUUCACAUAUUUCUACUUUACAUUUUUCUGUUUCUCGUUCGCCUUUUCGCUUUCCGCUUCCUCUUUUUCUUUUUCUCUUUCACAUUUUUCUCUUUCACAUUUUUCUCUUCCUCAUAUCAUUUUUCGCUUUCACAUUUUUAUCUUUUCCUUUUCUGUUUCGUAUUUUUCUCUUCGUCUUUUGA